UGUUUUUUUUUGCGGAGGUGGAGAAGCGUUUCGUACUCCAAUGAAUUGACGAUAUCAACAUAUUUUUAACAAGCUUGAAAAUUGUGCUUGAUAGUGCUUAUCAUCUUGUGGGGGUAUAUUUUGUUGGUGCGUUGGCUAACUGGAUUCGUUUCAAAACCGAAAUUUCCCCGUUUCUUUUCUGUGUUAAUUAGAAUAGCGCUUCUGUGACUAUACACAACUCUGCUGAUUGUGGCUGAUUGGAAUAUAAUGAGUGGUUGUGGAUUGCUGGUUUCGGUAAUCAAAACUCUCGAUGCCAGUGAAACAAAUGAACAACGAGAACGGGAAAAGCACAAGAUUGAAAGGGAGUUCCGCAAAACUGAUCAAAGACUCAAUGAACUCGUAUCGCGGAACGAUGGGGAUCUCACGCGAGUUAUGCAACUGUUUGGCAAGGUUUCGACACAGAUUACCAGCUCCCGGGAAAGGAUUCAUGUUGUAAAAGAAAAUUUGCAGACCUGCAAGCAGUUGCUUCGCUGCCGACGGGAGGAGUUAAAGAAGCUAUACACGGAUGCUGUACAGCACAAAUAUGUCCUGGAGAUGCUAGACCAGGUGAAUGAACUGCGACGAACUCCUCAGCAACUGGCAUCCUUUAUGGGCAAAAAGCAUUACUUACACGCCACCAAACUACUCAUGUCGGCUAUUGAGGUGACGGAAGGUCCCCUGAAAGACGUGGAAGGUCUAAACGAUCUGCGGCAAGACUUUCAGAACAAACGGCAACAUCUGUACGGAAAGCUGCUGGAAGAACUGAACAAGCACCUGUACGUUUCCAGCACGGCUGAGGUACUGCAGAGCUUUCAGCGUCAAAGCUCCGGUCGGAAUAGUCAAUACGCGGCAAGUACGGCGGCUUCACCGUUUCAGCGCAAUGUGCUACGGCGAUCAGCCGAACGUAUGGAAGCAAAUACCAAGGCUAGGAAGGCGUUGUUCGAAAUUGCACAGAACGGUUAUCUCGAUGUCGACAAGAGUGAAACCAUCGAAGACACGGAUCUGCUGGAUCCGGAUGUCAAUUCCACUUAUUUUAUAGGAAUCAUCAUUGAGUGCUUUGCAUUGCUGAAUAAAGUGCCUGAAUCAAUAGAGUCUAUAAGAGUACAAAUGCAAAGUGAACUUUUAACGAUUGUCACGAGAUCCACUCAUCACAUAAUCACGCUCAGUCAGCAGCAGCAGCAACCGAACCAGUACCAGACCCAGUACGGGAACUCAACGAACACAGCCGAGGAACAUCGAGAGCAAAACAUUCCCAUUCUCGAACUGUUGGAUUUAAUUUUCAAACAGCUGAAACUGAUUGCUUCGGCCCAUCAGUUGACGCUGAAAAACUACCACAAUGUGAUGCAUCGAUAUAAUCUCACCCAGGUAAAGGCGUACGAUCUUAUCGAGUACUGGGGACAAGCGCAGGCAGUGCUCAAGUUGGUGCUGACGGAUUAUUUGGAUAUUCAGAACGAUAGUAGCGACGAACUGAUGCGAGCUCAGUUCACCGAGCAGACGACCAACAUCAACACGUUCUUCAGUCGUCGGAAGGUGCCGGGAAAAAAGAUGCUGUUCAAAUUCGACAAGUCCUCCCACACGGCUCUGCUGGAACUGGACACGGCUGCGAAGGAACACCGUCGAAAUCCUUCCAAUGUAUCCAACAAUACGGCCAAAGAGGACACAUUGAAUCAGUCCGGUAGUAACGGGCGUGAUCUGUUGAAUGCUAGCUUCAGUAACAAGCAGAUCGUUGGACAUCCGGGAUCCGAUCGUAAAAAGCAGGAACGAGCACUGGUGUGUACGCCGGAUGCUGCUCUGGUGCGACAAAUUUAUCUACCGAUGAUGGGUUAUAUCCACGAAAUCGAAGGAUUUAUGAAGUGCAAAUCGGGUCAACUCUGCAGUCUGAACACAUUUCUGGCGAACUACGUAAAGGAUGCGUACCUGGCACGGGGCCACAAUCGAAAUUUACAGCUGACGAUCGAAUCCCUGUCGAAAACUCAGGACGCCUGGCGGUCCAUCAUCACUCCGGAAGAAAUGAAGAGACUUGGGUUGACGCGACCCUUGCUGCAGAACACGGUCCUGGUCGAAAGUCGAAUCUCCGAAACCAAAAAACUCAUUCAAGACUUACCCACUUACUCGGACGAAUUGCUUAAAAUGGUUUGUUCGCUGUUGAAAACUUAUCGUGAAACGUGCCAAGCUGCUUACCGUGGAAUCGUUCAACCGGAAACCGAAGACAAACGAAUCUACAGUGUGGCUUGGCUGAAGGAUGACGACAUCACUAGAUUCCUCAAGUCCCUUCCCAACUGGACCGAUCUCAAGACGUUUAGCGCGCGGCACCGACAACCGGCGGGUCAGAAACGAAUGAUGAAAACGGAACCAUCGGAGGAGGAAAGUCCGACGGCGGUGCAACAGCGCAAUGUUCGAGAGGCCGAAAUGUUGACCAGUAAUCUGGGUGAAGGUGGAAUAUCUCAGCAGGAAAUUCUAUCGGAUGUUGGCGUCUUGAAGGAACUGGCCAUCCUGCAGGAAAGUAUGGAAUGGUUCGCUGGGCGAAUCACCGACUUUGCCGAUGAUUUGCGCAAACCGAUCGUGAAUGGAUUGUUGACCGGCGGAGGUGUCAGCUCUUCGCCCGUGGUCGUCAAAGAUGGAAUGAUCAAAGUGCUGAUGAAUUUAGCGCUGGAAUUUGAGGAAUUGGCCAAUACCUGUCUGCUGGUGUUGCAUUUAGAGGUACGCGUCCAAUGCUUCCACUAUCUUAAGUCUAAUCCAUCGGAUAAGUUCAAAUCAAACAAUCCGAACAAAAAUGACUCACUCGAACCGGACGCAAAGGUCCUGAAGUUGACCAAAGUCCUGUCGGAUAUGGAUGAAGCGCUUAGUUUGACGUUGCAUCCGAGGAAGACCAAGUACGUGUUCGAAGGAUUGGCACAUUUAGCGUCUCGAAUCCUGGUGAUGGCAGCCAAUUCUUUGGAAUACAUCGAUCCGGCCGGGGUGCAACGUAUGUGUCGCAAUGCUUUGGCACUCCAACAAACACUCAGUAGUAUAACCGCUUCCCGGGAAGUUGCGCUCGAUUACGCCAGAUCAUUCUACGAAAUGUUUUACUUAGAACCAGAUGAAAUUUUGACCUCAAUAAUCGAAAAGGGAGCUCAGUUCACCGAGAUGCAGUACUUGAAUGCAUUUCAUUUGAUUUGUAAAAAUCGGGGCAUCACCGACCAGAACACCUUAGUUAUGUACCAACAGAAGCUCAGCGACGUUCUGGGCACUAAACCGGCGCUCGGUGUUACUGUUUAGAGGCGGACAGCGGACUAUAGACUGUCACCGAUGUUUGCAAUAAAAUUUAUGCAUUGUUGUGUAGAGAGCAUACGCAAGUAAAAAUUGUUGCUAAUAAUGUUACAACUGCUAGCGGGACGAAAUAAAAAUCCAAUAAAACAGGUGCCCAAACAGGGUUGUGUCGAACUACGGUGGAAUGAAUAUGACAAAAGGUGUUCAUCUAAUAUUGCUACAUGUUGCUUAAAGAUAGAAAUGUAUUAUAAACCUGUACGAAACUAUGAUUUGAACAAAAUUAUUUUCCAUUGUUUAGCAAGUAUCAGCAAAAUUAUAGUUUUCGAAUAAUUUAUUUUGUUUCCUAAUAUUUAUUUGUCUGAGAACAGUUCGUCAGCUGAUGAGUUUAAGAAAAAGUUGGCAAACAAGAUCAUUAUAUGUAGAAUGUUAAA